AUGAGCGACCGCCUCAUCUUCGACAUCCUCCUCACCUCCGGCGGAGCCAUUCGUGACGCGGACCUCAUCUACCCACCUACGGAUCCGCAGGGUCUGCGGCGCCUUUUGGACGCGAUUGGGUCGUCGCAUUAUGACGCGCUCAAGAAAAACUGUUUGGUGUAUUUUUUGUUAAAGUGGCAUCAGGAUGGGAGGGAGGAGAAAUUGGCAAAGUUUACGAUGUUGGCGGACGCGUACUGGUAUUUGGAUUCGGGGAUUAACGUUCCGAGGGCUGUUACGCUCCUUUCGGAUGCAAGGCUGAACAGGGACUAUGCGAGCAAGAUAUUGCAGGCUAUUUCGUUGACGCCUGAUCCUGCCCCGCUGAUUCGGAGGUAUGUCCGUACAGCGAAACCAUCGCUUACGGAGCCGAAUGAUUUGAUUAUGUAUUUGGUUGCGCUGGCGGAGUCGAGUUUGCUCGAGGCGUGGACGUUUCAAAGAACGUUUCAUGACAAGGAUUUCAUGCGUCCGAAGCUGUUUGAGAAGUUGUUGGAGUGGGUUGUUACCCCUGAACCACGGCCUGCGGCGUUGACGAUGCUCAUCUCCUUGCCCUUAUCGCCCUUUGAAGAGGGUUUACUCCACUCAUACGCGCAAGAUCCCCCUGCUUCGAUAAAGUCUUCUGACGCCGCCAUUCUUCAAGACCUUGUGUGCGUACGACUAAUUCAAGCAGGAAGACACGCCGAGGCGAUCAAACUCGACCGUCAGUUCAGUUCCUCCCCUGCGACCAGCCAAAACCUCAAGGCGACGCAAGACCGCAAAAAAAUGGUGCAAGACUUGUAUGCCGCCUUGACCUCUGCCGAGCGCGCUCAGCUCGACGCAGAGUUAAAUUCUGCGGCGAACCCCACACCCGCUGCUGCUCCCCCAAGACCUGUCAAUGGUUCUGCGAAUGUCGCUGCGGACGUCACCAUGUCCCAAUCAUGGGAAGACGUUCGACCCUCAGACGCGUUGAAUCAGUCUACUUCAUCAAUACAAAAUAUACGUGCACCAGAUCUGAAUGGGUCUAUUUCCAAGCAAUCAGGUGCACCCCGUUUUGGAGGCCCGAUCAGCAUGAACAACGCUCGUCUACCUCAGCCCGUAACUGCAGCUCCGCUCCUCCCUAUUACCUCUACGACCAUCACCAACCCCGCCAGCGGGAGCUCCAGCAUCCCUACACCGCGGAAGAGUCUUGGAUUCCCUGCUACUACACCACUCACCUCAUCGCUUUUGGGUCCUUCAUCUUCGUCAUCAAAGCAACCACGCCAAUCACUCAACUCACUCAGUGGUGUUGGUAGCCGUAUGUUGGGCACCUUUGGGGGCACUUCUUCGCCUGCGAGUGGGCUCAAGUUCCCGCCACUGGGGAGUUCGACGAAUGGCAAAGGAAUUCCUCAGCCCAUCAACUUCACACCCUCGGGAAGUCGACAAAAUGCGUUUUACCAGCCCCCUCAGCCUGCUAAGACAAAUGGGGUCAAGAGACCGUUUGAUGGCCUGUCUGUGAGUCCUGAACGACCAAACCCGUUGGUUUCGAUGGACCAGCAGAGUGAAAAUGAGGUUAUGGAUCUUGAUGAAAGUUCGGAGAAGGAGCCUCAUACCAAUGGUACCGCGAACGGACACACGACACGGCCAGACGAUGAAAAUAUGGUGCUUGAAUUUUCGGUAUUUGGGAACACUCGAGGAACGAAGACCUCUGCUCCGGAAAAACUAGCUGCUUCCCAAAGCCACAAGAAUGAGCUGUCGCUGUCAGCGUCACAGAGGAAACGGUUGCCGCCAGGAGCCUUCCUGGACGAUGAUGAUACACACGAAGAUGAGGAUGAUGAACCACCGCAGCAGGAACAGGAAGAGCAACGGCAGCAACCAAGCAACCAAAAGAGGAAAAGCGCACGAACUAGUAAAAGAACGACUGAUGCGCCUACCAAACCUACCCGCACAACAAAGCGUCAGACGAAAACGCGGGAACCAGUGGGGAGUUUCCCGGGUGCUUUGUCGGAUAAUGAUAACGAGGAGGAGGAGGGGGAGGAACAGGACCAUGUGAUGCCGUUACCUGGGCCGCCUGUGUCAACUGCACCACUGGGGAAAGCGGCUGCGCGUCCGACCCGGAAACCACGCUCGUCAGCGUCCAUGUCGGAUGUGGGUGAUGGGGAGACUGGGGAUGGAGUGAAGACGAGGAGGAGGUCGUCUAGGUUGACGACGACGGGGAGUGUGGGUGAUUUGGAAGCGCCUGUGAAGACGAGGAAGGGGACGAGUAGGAGUGGGACUGCGGCUGCAACACAAAACCAGCUGAUUGUGAUAUAUGCAGUAGCAAUUGAUGAAGAUAUCGUCGAUAUGCAUCCCUGGGGUGAUCAUAAGCUCAUAGGAUGCAGUCUUUUCGAUGAAAGGGUUAUCGUCAAGGAGGGCCACGCCUCCAGGAUAAUCAAUUCCGAAGAGUGGGUUGAGAAUGGGGAUGUCUGCAUGUGGCCUGAGGGUGGUAUGUUCAUGAUCAUGAGGCAGAAGGGCUGGCAUACUCCACACAGAAAUGCCUGUAUUCCCAAACAAAAUGAUUGUGUCGUCAGCGAUGAUGAUCUGCACCAAGAAAGUUAUCAAAAUGCGGGCGGUUACGAAGUCCCAAACCGUUACGACAUUACCAAACUUGAUAACUACCCGAUUGAGGUGUAUUGA